GCGGCAGAAAGGGCAAAACGAGCAGCAACAUGGCGAUGUCUUCGUUCGCUUGGAAGGUGAACAAACCUUUGAGGCAUUUUUUCAGAUCGGUGAGCUGAUUGGGCACGGCACCUUCGGGAAGGUCUACUGCUGCCGGCCCUUCCGAGCAGACGACCUCUGCGUGAAGGUCGUAGCCACGACCGGCCGCCACGCUGCGCGAGCUUCGAAGCUGCCGAAUGAUGAGAAACUCCAGCUUCUCAGGCGCAUUGCUUCAGUGCAGCAUCCGAACAUCGUUCGAUACCAUCAGUUUCUUCAAAGCAACGAUUCUUUGUAUGUGGUGAUGAGUCGGUGUCUCGGGCCGGAUCUGGCGGAGCACUUGGAGGCUGUGGGACACCUGAAGCUGCAAGACGUCAAGAGCCUCUCCAGGAUGAUGCUUUCGUCCAUCGCAGCCGUUCACCAGUGUGGCUUGAUGCACCGGGACAUCAAGCCAGAAAACUUUCGUUUUCGAGAUCAAUUUGCCACGACCUUGCAGCUCUUGGACUUUGGGGCGGCAAAGAUCGCAGACGACACGCUGAAGGCGCAUACCGUCGUGGGCACACUGCUCUAUGCGGCCCCGGAGGUGUUUGAGGGAACCUAUGGAAGGUCUUGUGACCUGUGGAGUGCGCAGGCCUGGAGGGCGGAGCAGGGCGGAGCAGGGCGGAGCGGCGAGUCAGUGGGCUUCGCCCUGGCGCCAAGGUACCAGCGGAUCUUUCUGAGGCCAGGGCCAGCUUGGCUGCCUGUGCGGGGUGUCUUUGCAGCUUCUGAGGCCACAACAAUCGGAGCCAGCAUGACCCUGCUGGCGAUGAUCACCUGUAUCGUUCUCUUCUGCUGCGAGGUAAGGGAAGUUUGCUCUCAGUUCGCAAUCACAGCAAUACAGCGGCUGUGUCCAGACAUCUGCUUUUCUGACGGAUGCUCCGACCUCUCGGAUCGUCGCUUGCUUGAAACAGAGCCUGGCGUAUCUGGCUACGCUGUCUGUUAUGUUAGCGGAAUUCUGCUCGGAAAAUGUGACAAGGUUGUUGACAGCAACCAGGACGAGUUGCUGACCAUCAACUUCGAUGUGACGAUGCUGGACGUCGACUGUAGCCACUUGACAGUAGGUGUGUGGGAUGCCUUCGGAACGGAACGGUUUAACAUCACCAAGAACGUGCAGAAGCAGCGAGUUGAUCACAAGGGCUCCCGAAAGGGACAGCCAUACAAGGAGGAAGAGCUAUUGGAGCUCGAAUUCAGUGAUCGCAGCUUCACUGCAGAGGAGCUUGCAGAGCUAGACUCCGAUUGGGGAUCAUCCAGUGACAAUUUCAAGCACAAUGAUUUCCAAGCUGUCAUUGAUGCCCACGACUUCACCAUGAUCAACUUCUAUGCCGACUGGUGCAGCCACUGCCGGAAUUUCGCUCCGACAUGGUUCGAUUUCGAGAAAUCCGUAAACGAGCGCAAAAUCACGGCCAAUGAUGCUGACGGCCAACCGGCGAGCGUUCACCUCCUGCGGCUGAAUUGUGUGGAUUUCCAGGACACUUGCAAGGAGCAGAUGAUUCGUGGUUUUCCGGCAGUCCGCUUGUACCGCAGGGGUGCCAAGAAAGGUGAGUUUGACGAGUACACCGGCGAGCGCAACGCGGAUGGGAUGACUAGAUGGAUGCAAUCGAUCGUUGCAAAACGUCACCUUCACACUGGUGCCACGUAUCACAGCAUCUUUGCCGAGGGCUGUCGUGUCGCUGGAUCCGUGAACGUGGCGCGGGUUCCUGGCACUGUCCACUUCCAGGUGGGGCAAUCGAAGGAGCGGGACAUCAAUCCCGCCUUCACGAACGUGUCACACACCGUGCAUCACUUCAGUUUCGGAGAGGCCCCUCGAGGAUUGAAGGCAUCCUUGCCUUCGCAGUACCGAUCGCACGUUAAUCCGCUCGACGGACAGACCUUCGUGGUGGACAAAUUUCACAAGGCCCCGAGUCAUUUCAUCAAGGUGGUGCACACACGGUUCGAAGACUCGGACCUUCGCAGCUACCAACAGACCCACCAGUGGAGUGUGCGAACAUUGCAGCGGGGAACAACUCCCCAGGCGAAGUUCUCCUUCGAUCUCUCACCUGUGGAGGUGGUUAUCGGUAAAGCCGACCGCAGAUGGUACGACUACAUCACACAGAUCUUCGCAAUCACCGGUGGCGCAUUCACAGUGAUGUCCCUGGCUGCGGGAGUCCUCAAAGCAUCGAGCGUCCAAAUAAAAAGUGUAUGCUGGACAAGGUCAGUUGACCUGCCGCUGCGGUGGAGGUGCGGGGAGGUGAUGGGAGGUGAGAAGCUGCGGAUCGACUCUCAUGGUCGAAAAUGA